AUGAACUUGUUGAAGGACUUUUUUGGCAGCUCCACAGAGUUGGCACCAUCGCUGCUGGGCAUCUACGACACCUUGACAAGUGUACUAGAUGGAAGUAGCAAAAGCGGUAGCAACCAUAACGGCGGCAGCCACAACAACAGCGAAAAUUUAAAAAUCUGCGAAAAUAACAACAAAAACAAUAGCAGCGCGCGGUGCCACAAGAGCGAAGAGAACGCCAGCAGCGUUGAAUUGCAUUCUAACGGUUCCGCAAGCACGAAGAGCAGUCACAGCGACUCGUCAACGCUCAGUAAUAAGAGCAGUCGCAGCUCAAGUUUCAGUUUGGAGGAAAAGCUAAGCGGCGAGUAUAGCUACAAUGUAGACAGCUACAAUAAUAACAGUAACAACCGCAGUGUUAACAAUAACAAGAAUACGUCCUACUAUAACGCUGAAAGUGAGGAGCAGCCACAACAAUAUUUGUCAACACCACAUAAACGUCAAUCGGGCGAACAGUCGCCCGAUGCCACGAAUUCAUUGAGCGGUUUUGCGGGCAGUGGCAUCAGCGACGGUCGCAGCACUACGCUUGCACUACUUAACCUCGCCUACAGCAAUAGCAGCCGGGAGCACAGCAUAAAACACAGUUACAGUCAAAGUAGUCGUAGUCUCAGUUCGCUCUCAUCGUCCUCGUCAUCGUGUAGUCAACGCAGCAACAGCAGCGGCAGUGGUGGCGGAGGUGCCUGCAUCAAUAGCCCGUCUGGCACGCGUUUGUCGCGGGACUCCCCGUUGGCACAUAGCUCGGGCAGCAACAGUAGUCUUAACAGCCCCAGCAAGCAUCGCAAUCAAAUCCGCGUACUCUCGCCCAACGUGCAGCGCAUCAUAACCCACUCCGACGCCGAGCGCGUAGAAACAGUUGACAUUGACGCACUGCAGCAGCAGCAGCCAACGCACUUGACUAGCCCCCUCAACUCGCCAGCGUCACACCACCGCUAUAUCAAGAAAGCGUCCCCGCCUGGCGCGACGUCUACGCCAAAUGGCGUGCACAAGGUGAAGUUGUCGCACAUACCGCUCUCCAAGAUUACCGGCAAGCUAACGCAGUCGGGCAACGAACUUGUGGAGACCUUCGACUCCAGUUCGGAGUACUUGGAUGCGCUCAGCUUUCAGUCGUAUGCCGAAUCGAAGCCGACGCGUGGUCUGAAGAAACCACCCACCCCAGCAGUGGUGCACAUACCGGGCGUAGACAGUUGUACUGUUGACGGUGAGGUGACGCCGACCAAUAAGAACAACAAUGCAGCCACCGCUAUUACAGAACCGCAAAGCGCCUUCAACUUUAACAACACAUCAUACAAAUUAUCACUGCCAAACUAUGAACGCCAAGAGAGUAUUAAAUUGAUCGAAAUGGAGCAAUUAGCUACAACAUCGCAAAUGAUAACCGUCGCGAAUGAUACAAUACCUCCAGCGUCACCUACAACUACACUGCCACUCCGGUUGGAACAACAACCAAAUCAAAUUAACAAUAACAACGAUGUCCCUUCACCGCUCAGCACUCCACCUCCGUUACCCACUAAGGAGUUUGUCGCCACCGCACCGUUGUCCCCCUGCGAUAUAGUCGAGGCUUUAAAUUAUCCGCUGCUCACACAAGACCUCAAGAAACUCACACUCAAUGAUAAGGAUACCAUGAACUCGUCAAUGACGAGUGUUGAACUCAUCGAAGCUAUCAACAAGCCAGUGAUCUCUAAACCUUUGGUACGCAGUUCUUCGGCAGCCUGCGCAUCUACUGUUUCCGCUUCGCCAAUGCUCACCUAUGCACGCUGCAAAAGCUUGGCUGCAAAGGCAAACACAUUGGGUGGAGCAGUGCCUAUUAAGCUGCCUACAGCACAGCAGUUGGAAGAGCUCGAAGAGGCAAGCAAAAUGUCGGCAGAAAGUCUAGAUCGCCUCACUGAUAUUAAGUCAAAAUUUUCACCCAAAGAGUCACGUAAAGGUGGCCCAAUGUUGCCAGAUAUUGCUAAGCUUAAGCAUCGUCCUCUUUCAUCGUCGUCAAUUUGUUCAACUUCCUCCAGCUCUAGCUCGGGUUCAGACCACCUGAAUGGGAAGUUGGCCACCUCAUAUUUGGCGAGCGUGGAAAGCUUGGCUGAUCAAAGUGAAAACGAGCUAAUGGAUCCGCAUAGCGGCAUGACGGUGCUGGAGCGUGCCAUGUUGGAAAUAGUCGACUCAGAGCGCAGCUUUGUGGAGGACUUGGGACAAGUCAUAAGAGGGUAUCUAGCGGACUGGAAAGAACGUGCCUGCCUCCGUUAUGACGAACUGAAAAUACUCUUCGCCAAUAUCGAAGAGAUUUAUGAGUUCAAUGCGACGCUCCUGAAGCAGCUAAUCAACUCUGGUAUGGAUCCAGGAAAAAUAGCCAAAUGUUUUAUAGAUUUGCGCGAAAGAUUUGAUGUAUACACAACAUAUUGUACAAGCUAUCCUGAAGCCAUAUCACUGUUGACCAAACUGUUACAGGCCACACACACCAACGCACUGCUGACGUCCACACAAAAAAUGUUGCAACACAAGCUGCCACUCGGCUCAUAUUUGCUGAAGCCAGUGCAACGUAUACUUAAAUAUCAUCUACUAUUGGACAACCUUCGUAAACAUUGCGAUGUGAAGGAAGUGUUGCAAGCCUACGAAAUCAUGCGACAAGUGGCGCGUAAUAUCGAUCAGGUGAAGCGUAAGUUGGAGCAACAAAUUCGAGUUAAAGAACUCUCCGGCAUAUUAGAUGGGUGGUUAGGACCAGAGCUCACCGUUUUGGGCGAACUACGCCAAGAAGGUCUCCUCAUGGAGCACAAUAAGCCACGCAUGGUCUUCCUAUUCGACACAAUGUUGAUCAUUACCAAACCCAAAGAGGAUAAUCGUCUACAAUUCAAGAGCUACAUACACCAAAAUAAUCUAAUGCUAAGCGAACAUUUGCCCGGCGAACCGACGAGCUUUUAUGUAAUACCCUACCAUGAGCCGCGUAAUCAAAUCAAAUUGACAGCCAAAAAUCGUGACCAGAAACGUCUUUGGGCGCAACAUAUUAAAGGAGUCAUACUCGAGAAAUUCGACAACAUACCGAAUCGCGCCAAGGAGCUGGUCUACAAGUUGGGCGACGAGGAAGACCGCACUCCGGAUAAGAAUACCUGGAAAUGGAGUCUGCACUCGACCUCGACGACACCCGUGUACUUGGAGCGGCGCAAUCAGUAUCGACGCAGCGAGAUACGCAAUCGCUCGAAAUUCAAGCGGAAGACUGUUUCCAAUUCAACGUCCUUUGACAGUUUCAAUGAGAUUGCCGAAAACCAGGCAAGCGAGUCGCCGACCAAAACAACAGCUAGCGAUGUGGCAAACGGCGCCAAAUCGACCAAAUCACUGACGCGUACCAACAGCAUUGAUGACAAUAUGUUGCCAGCGCUGCACAAACUCGCGGCGGCUAUCAAGAACAAAGGCAAGUCAGACGAAGGUAACGGAUCAGUGAGCACAAUGAAGGCAGAAAACGCUGGCAGCGUGAAGGAACUGAAUCCUGAAAAUGAUGCUGCGGACAAGGAGGAGCGAACCUCGUGCAUCUUACGCGACCAACGUCGCAGCGCUUGCGCCUCACCCAAGUCACCGCUAUUCGGCUUGAAGGCAUUAAAAGAGCGCAGCAAGUCGGUGCCGCGCAUCAGUUUCCAAUGCGAUGAAUUGGAUGAAGAACACGAGUCACUGCAUGGUAGCAACACAAAUCUUGAUACGCGAAAAUCCAAAUCCAGCAAGUCGAUUGAGGUGAAGCAAUACAACAACAAAACUAUACCGAAGCGCAUAGCAACGCUGAAGAAGCAGCGCACCGGCAAAACUAAGGAGACAUGCAAGUUCUACAUGGAUCUAAGUGAGUUCGACGAUGCGCCCAAAACAGAGCUCAAGAUCACCGAGUCCACGGAGAAUCUGCAAGUGGAGGAUAAGAAGUUACACGUGAGCGAACAGAAGGACGUUCAAACGGUGACGCAAAAUCUGGACAGCAUACAAAUGCAGUUGGAAAAGCAGUGCGAGGAGCUGUUGUCAACGCUGAAGAAGAAAGAUGCCGACAUUAUAUUGGAUUUGUUGAAACAGAAUAAAGAGUUCGAGCGCAUGGCGAAGAAAAAACAGCAGCGCAAGCGUGCGGCCGAACAUGGCAUAGGCGCCGGUAGUGGCAGCGGCAGCGGUAGCGCAGCAGGUAGCCCUGAGUCGUCUGACUAUCCAUUGAUUAAUGAGUUGCCGCCACGUCCGCCAUCGCGCUCACCACCACCACUCGAGCCUGAGAGCAGACAUGCCAUGGCCAAGGAUGCGACUCCUACAACGCCAGUGGAAGAAGAUGAGGAGCCAAUUUACGAGUCACUGCUGCGCAACGUACACGUUCCUUACAAGUUCUCACCGGUGAUGGCGCGCUCCAAGUCAGCGCAGCACUGUAAGCCGCGUGAAAGGAAAGCACCGCCGGCGCCACGUCCCGAGUCGGACUAUGUUACAUUGGUGUACUCACCAGAGGGCGCACUACAGCAGGUGGGCGGCGAGAUGGUCGCUGAGCGUGCUAGCUGUGGCGAGACACAACUGCGUCGCGACAUCCCGGACGCGGCACAAGAACAACGUGACAGCACGAGUUCGUCCACUUCCACCUCCACCUCCUCCUCUUCUACGUGCACCCUGAAACGCGACAGUCAGAGCACUGUUAUUAAUGUUGAUUGCUCUUCGGCAGGCAAUAUAUCAAUGAUCUCUUAUACGACUUGCAACUCCAACAGCGAAGCAAUUUAUGCGCGCCCCAUACCAAAGAACUUAAUGAAGCGCCUUUUCAGCACCGGCGCUCAUAGCGCUACCCCACUCGGCUUGGGUAACAAGUGCACUCACGAAAAUAUAUCCUCCUCGCAUAAUUCAUUGCUGCCACGCGCGCGUAAAUCCAUCGACAAUAUUGCGCUCAGUUUCGGACGAUCAAACAAGCCGCCCGAGCGACGCGUCUCCGAUGUAACGGAAAUGUGUCGGCAGAGCAUAUUGCAUCGACAGGGUAGCGAAGCGGUGGGUGAGCGCAUGGCGCACGUUGACUACGCAGACCCGCGCACGCUAUUCACCGUAAGCGUCGCCACUUCGGACGCAUCGUUGCAACGCGACUCGGUCUUCUCGCUCACUUCAUCCAAUGACAGCAUGUGCGAUCACAAGCGCGCCGCUGGUACAACGCCCGGCAGCGAUGGCGCUAACUCUGACUUUGUGUACGAGGAUAACGUCGAAGCCUGCCUGGAGAAUGAUUUCCGAGACUCGGCUAUCUACAGCGAUGACAAUGAAAAACGCACAGACUAUGAAUUGGGCGAUGGCGUCAAGCGACCCAACAGUCCACCUCCACCACCGCCACCCGCACGUUAUCGCACCAACCCCGAAGUGCCACCAAAGCCGACUGGUAUACCGCGCGUGAACAUCAGCAAGACAUCGCCGCGCAAGGAGAUGCCACCAUCGCCGUUGAGUGCGGCUGAGGCGCACUGCCUUGGCGGUAAGCCGAGCAGCGUUGUAAUUUGUCCGCCACACAUGAGCGCCGCAGCGUCGCGCAGUUGGGUGUUGCAACAAAUCGACAACUUCAAUAAGUAAAGGGAGCUGAUUUCGGCCAUUGGCUGUUGAAGACUUGUGCAGUUCGUUGCCAUAAAAUAAAUCUAAAACAUUUGGUAGAUCUGAAUUUAAAUAUACUGGAGAAAUAUGAAAAAUACAAUUUCAUUAGUUGAAUAGAGCAAAAAAUUCUAUAGUAGGAAAAUGUAUUAAAUCAAAAACUUAUUCAAAUUUUACUAAGCAUUUUGUUAACUGUUAAAUAACAAUAUGCUUACAGUAUAUUUUUAUUUUCUACAUACUUGAAGCCACAUUUAAAAAUUAUACUUAAAUAAACAACGAUAGAACGUUUUUACAAAAACUUACAUAUUAUCCAUACACUCGCUCGCAUUUGUACAUUUUGUAUAGCAUUUAAAUUAUUUUAUUUUUUAUUAGAGUUUAAAGGCCAAACGCUCUGAGUUCGCUGCUUUUAUUGUGCAUUAGUAUUAAAUAGUAUACCUAAAAAUAUGUAUGCAUUUUAAUUAUAAAGCUUUUUCUUAUUUUGAUAUACUUUUUGUUAUUGUCUGAUACAGAACUUAUAUUUGCUUUUAAGUGAAUAUAUAAAAAAAUCGCAUAACUAAAAAAUUUCGACAUAACCGAUCGAUACGGAAAUAUCUGACGCACAUUCAUAUAUAUAUACGCGUUUACCGCGAAAAAUGAAUAAACUUAAUAAAAUAUCGAUUGUAUUUGAUAUCUGCUGUUUUUAAGAGAUUUGUAAUUCAAAAAAAUUGAAAAAAAACUCACAUACUUAUGUAUUUAUAAACAUAUUUA